AUGCGCUUCAACACUCCUUACGAUGAGUUGACACCGUACCAAGGAAGGAAGAAGUGCUAUGGAGAGUUUCAGUGCCACCAAUGCAAGCGCAAAUGGACUAGUCAAAACUCGGUGGCAAACGAGGCGCAGUCGUGUAUCAAGUGUCAUAUUCCAGUAUUCCCGCAUAAACAGUUGCCCGUGGAGAAAGCGGUGGCGAUGGGAUUGAUCAAAGCCCAGCAUGCAAUCCCCUCAAAAAUCGCUCCAAUCGGUCACGGACGCCCACCAGCAAAAUGCUAA